AUGCAUUACACCAAGCUCCUUAGCAGCCUUCUAGCUCUCCUCCCACUCACUCAAGCUCACGCAUCUCAGCCACAACCUCCGUCUGUCCAGUUCCUCUACACAGCCUAUGUCCUCUGCUCGCCUUCAAUCUACGAAAUGCAAACCCCAACCGGAAUCCAGAAAGCAAUCCCGAUCAUCGGUGGAAAUUUCACCGGACCCAGACUCAAGGGUAAAAUCCUAGAUCUGGGCGCAGACUGGGGGUACACCGAUCCGCAGACGGGAAUCUUCUCCGCGAAUACGAGAUAUAACUUGCAGACGCAUGAUGGGGCGAAUCUCUUUCUGCAGACUUCGGGGGCGCAACAGCCUAAUGGUGAUUUGCAUCUGAGGAUUAAUAUCGGGACUGGAGAUAAGGAUUAUUAUUGGUUGAAUAAUAUUAUUGCAUUUGGGACUUUGAGGGGUGUAGCGCAGAGUGAUGAAGGGGUAUCGACUUUGCGGAUUGAUGCGUGGCAUAUGACGGAUGAGUGGAACUCGACUACUUUUGUUAAUGGAACUACAUAUCCGUAG